AUGGCCAGCGGCUUCACUCUGAAAGCCACCAUCAACGAUUACACUGUGACCAUGCAAUCCAGCAGAAUCCUCUGCCCAACAACGAACCUCAGGCCACCAGUCAGACGGUAUCAACCCUCUAAUGAUCCGGGAGACAGAGUGUGGAGCAGGAACAAGAGAUUCCUCCGCAAUGUUGGAGCACUGAAGGACACAGAUAUACACCAAUCUGAGGGAAUGGGCCAAGGCGAAUGGAAGGAGCCUGGGGAAGUGGCUCAAACACCGGGCACAGGUACCCAGCUUUGUUACGUAUUCUCAUUCAAUUCUUCCAAGAAUGAGUGUAACAUGGAAUUAGUACGCAUCUGCAGUCUCUUUUCUCCCUGUUGGUUGAUAAAUCUAACAGGUUUACCGGUAAGUGAGACUGUGCAUAAUUGCGGAUUCUGUUGGCAGGGUGACCAUGUGUGGGUUCACACCAGCAGCGGUGGAGAGUUCGACGUGCCCAUGGGGGCAGAGGUGAAGCGGCUCGAUCGUGGAAAGACCCUGUUGCUGGACGAUGAAGGCAAGGAGCUGUGGAUCGAUGGGGCUGACACGCAUCGGGUGAAGCACAUGCACCCCACCUCAGUGAGGGAGAUAGACGACAUGAUUUGCAUCGAGGACCUGAAUGAAGCCGGGAUGCUGCGGAACCUCCACAUCCGAUAUCGGAAGGACGUUAUUUACACCUACACCGGCUCCAUCUUGGUGGCUCUGAACCCUUACCAACAGCUUCCCAUUUACACCUCGGAGCAGAUCAGCCAGUACACCAACAGGAGGAUUGGAGAGUUACCGCCUCACAUCUUUGCCAUCGCCGAUAGCUGCUACUUCAGUCUGAGGAAGAGCUGCAGGGACCAGUGCUGCAUCAUCAGCGGAGAGUCGGGAGCAGGGAAGACAGAGAACACUAAACUGAUCUUGAAGUUUCUGGCUGCAGUCAGCGGACAGCACCAGUGGAUUGAACAGCAGAUCCUGGAAGCAAACCCAAUCCUGGAAGCCUUUGGAAACGCAAAAACGGUGAAAAACGACAACUCUAGCCGCUUUGGGAAAUACAUUGACAUCUUCUUCAGUGGAGAUGGGAUGAUAGAGGGGGCAAGGAUUGAGCAGUACUUGUUGGAGAAAUCCCGAGUGUGUCAACAGGCUCCAGAUGAGAGAAACUACCACGUAUUCUACAGUCUACUGAUGGGCAUGAAGAAGGAACAGAAGCAGCUCCUCGGUUUAGGCGCAGCACACGAGUUUGACUAUCUGACCAUGGGUAACUGUACCAGUUGCACUGGGCACGAUGAUGUGGGGCAUUAUGCUGAUAUUUGCUCAGCUAUGAAAAUCUUGAUGUUUUCGGACAAGGAGCAGUGGGAUAUUAACAAGCUAUUGGCUGCUGUUCUGCAUCUGGGUAACCUUAAAUUCCAAGCUGCUGUAUAUAAUAACUUGGACUGUUGCGAACUUUUGUCAUCAAGUCACCUCUCCAUGGCAACCAAGCUACUUGAGGUAGACCUGCAGGAACUUGAGAAUGGAAUGACCAACAGGUCCAUCUUGAUCCGCGGAGAAAGUGUGUCCACCCCCAUGAGCAAGGCAUGGGCGGCAGGUAACCGGGAUGCACUCGCCAAGGCGAUUUACAGCCAUCUUUUUGUGUGGAUCGUGAACAAAGUUAACGUUGUGAUCUACACACAACCUGCCAAUAAUUCAGGAAAGGCCUCUUCAAUUGGAUUGCUGGACAUCUUUGGCUUUGAGAACUUUGACUUAAACAGCUUUGAGCAGCUGUGCAUUAACUUUGCCAAUGAGCAGUUGCAGCAGUUCUUCGUCAGGCACCUGUUCAAGGAGGAACAAGCGGAGUACCUUCAGGAGAACAUCGACUGGCUGCACAUCGAUUUUGUUGACAACCAAAAGGUGCUGGAUGUUCUCAGCAUCAAACCAAUGAGCAUCAUUUCACUCAUUGAUGAAGAAAGCAAGUUGCUGAAGGGCACUGACCGAACAAUGUUAAACAAGUUGAAUAAUCACCAUAGCAACAGUGGAAUCUACUUCCCUCCAAAGAGCUCCCACGAUACUAAGUUUGGCAUUGCGCACUUUGCUGGAGUGGUUUACUACGACUCGAACGGCUUCCUGGAGAAGAACCGAGAUGAUUUGAGUUUCAGCAUCGCCCAGGUUGUGCACUCUUCUAGCAACACAUUCCUCACACAGAUCUUCCAGGCCAGCACCGGACCAACACCAGGGGGGAAGGCCAACCACCCUAACAUUCCUCAUGGAGGAUCCAUCAAGGCAAACGACAGCCACAAACGCCUGUCCACACUCUGCAGCCAGUUCAAGCAGUCGCUCGACAACCUCAUGAAAACCCUGAGAGCUUGUCAGCCCUUCUUCAUUCGCUGCAUCAAGCCCAAUGAUUACAAGAAACCUCUGCUGUUUGAUCGUGAGUUGUGCACUAAACAGUUGCGAUAUUCCGGAAUGAAGGAGACUAUCCGUAUCCGCAAGUCAGGUUAUCCCAUACGCUUCACUUUCAAAGAUUUUGUGCAGAAAUACAAGAUCACUCUGAGAUCAGCACUGUGGCAGUACACAGAGGACGAUGUCUGCUUACGCUGCAAGCAGAUCGCUGAGUCGGUGAUCGGAGUUGAUGGAGGUUGGAAGAUUGGGAAGACAAAGAUCUUCCUUAAGGAGUGCCACCACCUGACUUUGGAGCUUGAGCUAGAGAGAAUCUUGACAACAAACAUUCUGAUCAUUCAAAAACGCAUGCGUGGUUUCAAAGACAGGAAGAACUUCCUGAGAGUGAGGGCCGCUGCCCAGAUGAUUCAGAGUCACUGGAGGGGACAACGGUGUCGCAAGAAGUACCGACUGAUGAGGCAUGGAUUUGGAAGAUUACAGGCGCUGUUUCACGCACAGAGAAUGGUCAGACAAUACCAGGAUACCCGGCGGCUGGUGAUACUGUUCCAGGCACGCUGCCAGGGUUACCUGGCACGGAUAAAUCACAACAAGCGAUUCAAAGCCCUGGUCACUAUCCAGGCCUACACAAAGGGGAUGCUUAUCCGAAAGAACUAUCGCAUAAUGAGGAGAGAUAUUGAAGGAGGCGCUGAGGCAAGGAAGCUCGGCAAGAAAGGGGGGCAGCGGAGAGUGGUGGUUGUCGCAAUGGCUAAGGAUGAGGCUGACACAAGAAACUCGGCCAUGAUGACCAAGCAGGACAUGAUGAAUGAGAGGAGGCUGAGAGAAGAGUAUUUGAGGACACAACAACAGGAAGCGAACCACGAGGCCAUCAAUGAUCUGGAAAUGGUGGACAAGAUCUUCAGCUUUCUGCCAAAUGUGCUGGAAGAUCAGGAGAAAUUUGAGGACUUGGAAGUGAAGCGGCAGAGGUUGGAGGAGUUUGAUUUGGAUGACACCUCGCUUUCCUCAGACACCGCUGAAGAGGACGACCUUUCCCAGUUCACCUUCUCGAAAUACGCUGCCACUUACUUCCAGGGGUCAUCCACAGCCACCCACAUCCGACGGCCUCUCCGACACCCCCUGCUCUUCCACGAGGAGCAAGUAGAUGUCCUGGCUUCCCUGGCUGUGUGGAAUGUUAUCCUCAGAUUCAUGGGAGAUCUUCCAGAACCCAAGCCAUUUGCCAAGGCCACAGAGAAGACGAGGAACUCCAUCAUGACACGAAUAUAUGACUCCAUUAGCAGAAAGUCCAAGGCUUUCAUGACUGCAAACCAGGCCACAGAUGAGAGCCCGUCUGGUCCAACACUUGGAGAGGAAAUGCUGUUGGAUGAGAAUCCCGUCGCAGACAGACCAAUGUCAAACCUGGAGAAGCUUCACUUCAUUAUUGGUAAUGCCAUUGCCAGGCCCAGCAUCAGGGAUGAGAUUUAUUGCCAGAUCUGCAAGCAGCUGUCCAAUUGUUAUAACAAGAACGCCUACGCCAGAGGCUGGAUACUCCUGUCCCUCUGUGUUGGCUGCUUUCCAGCAUCAGAAAGCUUUAUGAAGUAUCUGCGCAGCUUCAUUCGGACCGGCCCGGCGGGGUACGCAUCUUACUGCGAGGAACGUUUGAGACGGACUACUGCCAACGGAGCGCGCACCGAGCCGCCCAGCUACCUGGAGCUGGAGGCGUCCAAGACGAAGCAGCCGAUGAAGGUGACGGUGACAUUGAUGAGUGGAACGAGUUACUCAGUCUCCAUCGAUUCUGCCACCACAGCCCAGGAGCUGUGCAGGGCCCUUGCCAGCAGAACUGGCCUGACCGACUCGUUUGGCUUCUCCAUCUACAUCGCGCUGUACCAGAAGGUCUCCUCCCUCGGGAGUGGUGCUGAUCACAUCCUGGACGCCAUCUCGCAGUGCGAGCAGUACGUGAAGGGGCAGGGCAGGCAGGAGCGGCACGCCGCCUGGCGCCUGCUCUUCCGCAAGGAGAUCUUCACACCCUGGCACGACUGCGGAGCGGAUCCAGUCAGCACGGACCUCAUCUACCAGCAGAUCCUUCGCGGCAUUCGGUUCGGGGAAUACGAGUUCGAGAGAGAGGAAGAGCUGGUGAAUGUCGCCGCCAAUCUUUACUACGUGAACUUUGGAACGAGUGACGAGGCUGUGAAGGGGCUGCAGGUUGUCAGAAGCUGCAUCUCCGACAAACUCUUGCAGAUCAAAUCCCCGGAGGAUUGGAGUAAACAGAUCAUGGCGCGAGUGAAGGGUUUGUUCGGCCUGGACAGUCCCGAGCCGCUCACUCUCAAGGCCCAGCUGGUUGACCUCGUCCGCUUGAAGUGGCCCCUCCUGUUCUCCAGAUUUUUUGAAGCUGCAAAGUUUUCAGGACCAACCCUGCCAAGGAACAAGCUGGUGGUCGCCAUCAACUGGGCCAGUCUCAGCUUUGUGGAUGAGAAUGAGAAAGUCCUGCUGAAGCGCUCCUUCCCGGAAAUUACCGGAGUAACUACAAACAGAGCUCUGAAGCUGUCGGGGCAGAGUGUGACGGUGAGCACGCUGCAGGGCGAGGAGUACACCCUGACGUCCGGCCAUGCUGCCGACAUCGCUGACCUGCUGCUGCUGUUUCUGAACGGGCUGAAGAUGAGGUCGGAGUACGCAGUGUCACUGCUCAACAGUCCCAAGCAAGAUGAUCCCAUAUUCCUAAAAUUUGAGAAGGGUGAUUUGAUUAAGCUUCUUAAACCUGAAGAGCUAACUCCGCCUCAGGAUCAUGGCUGGGUUCAAGGAUGGAAUGAGCGUACGGGAAAGACAGGAAGCCUUUCUCUGCAGUCCGUCUACAUCAUUCCAAUCCUUGAGAAACCAUCGUCAGAUGUGAUGAGUUUGAUUCGCAUGUCUCCUGACCAGCGACGCCAGGCUGCACCCACUGCCCCUACACAGGAGUUGGACACCAAGCACUACACCCUGGAGGAGUUCUCGUACCUCCACUUCAGGCCCCCGAGUAAAGAGUCGAUGAGCAGAGCAGUGUUUCCAAAGGCUCGCGUGAAGGACACGAUCUGGGCCUGUUCCCGGGAGCCCCUGAGACUGCCGCUGUUGAAGAAAGUCUGUCUGAAUCCUGAGAUGGUGCAAGUGGCGUGUCAAGCCUUCAUCGCUAUAAUGAAGUACAUGGGCGAUUACCCUGGCAAGCUGUCCAAGUCUGGCACUCAACUGACCGACCAGAUAUUUACUGGAGCGCUGCGGGAGGAAGUGGUACAGGAUGAGGUCUACUGCCAAAUCAUGAAGCAGCUCACCCAUAACCGCAACAGGUACAGCAUGGAGGGUGGCUGGCAGCUGCUCUGGCUCUGCACCGGCCUCUUCCCUCCCAGCAGCCUGCUGUUCCCUCACGUGGAGAAAUUUCUCAAGAGCCAUUCGAAGGAGAAGCUGUCGACCGAGUGUGUUCAGAGACUGGCCAAGGCUAAACGGUCCGGAGCUCGGAGGAACCCACCGCAUGUGCUGGAGGUGGAGGCCAUCCAAUGUUGGAGCACCACGAUCCUGCACAAAAUCUACUUCCCAAACGACACCGACCAGGCCUUCGAGAUCUUCACCAGCACCAAGGCAAAGGCCCUGUGUGAGACCAUCACCAAGCACCUAGGCCUGGGCUCUUCCGAAGGACUGAGCCUCUUUGUACAAGUAGAAAAUAAGGUGAUCAGCAUCCCGGAAGGAGAUUUCUUCUUCGAUUGCGUGAGGCACGUGAGUGACUGGGUGAGGAAGGAAAAGCGGGUUCCAGAAGAUCUGGCCGGUUCUGUGUCCUACAAGGUGCUCUUCAUGAGGAUGCUCUGGAUCAACAUCCUCCCCGGCCGGGAUCUCAAAGCAGACCUGCUCCUUCAUUUCCCCCAGGAGCUGCCCAAGUACCUGCGGGGAUACCACUCGUGCACCAGGGACGAUGCCGUCCAGGUGGCCGCUUUCCUGUACAAAGUGAAGUUCAACGACGACAAGUCCCAGUUUGUCAACAUUCCCAAACUACUGAAGGAUCUGGUGCCCCAGGACAUGCUUCGGAUGAUGUCGCCUGAAGAAUGGAAGAAGGCCAUUGUGGCAAUAUGCAACAAGCAUGCAGGGAAGACGAGGGAUGAGGUGAAGCUCGCCUUCCUCAAACUACUGCACCGCCUGCCAACGUUCGGAUCAGCAUUCUUUGAUGUGAAGCAAACAUCUGAGCCCACGUUUCCAGAUAUUGUCCGGAUAGCCAUCAACAGGCAGGGGGUGACGGUGAUAAACCCACGGACGAAGGAACCUCUGGUGACCCAUCCGUUCAACAAAAUCUCCAACUGGUGCAGUGGCAGCACGUACUUCCACAUGUCGGUCGGCAGCAUGAUGAAGGGAGAAAGGAUCCUGUGUGAGACCUCACUGGGUUACAAGAUGGAUGACCUUCUGACAUCAUACGUGAGUGCGUUCCUAGCAGCAGCAAGGCAAAGAUCGGCUGGGAAUCCUGCCACCUGAUGGGACCAAGGUUAAAGAAGGGUCUCUAUCAAUGAUGCCUUAACAUACAUUCACUGCCCAGCUGUUUCACUCUUUGGUUCUCACCCAAUCUUUCUCUUUCUUUCUCCUCUCCUCUUUCACUCCUUGUUCUCUGCCUUUUUCU